UUGUUUUAGACAGACGGUUACAGGGUGUGGAUUUUAAAACUAGUAGCAACCCCGUGGUGAGGCACAACGUUUCUUUUGUCUGCUGUUAAACAGAUGUCCCGUUACAAAAAGGCGGGUAACGUGGACAGGCUGGCGGCCUUUCGAACCACGAAGCCGGAAACAGCUAUUCCUUACGGUCUGCUAAAAGCAGCCAGGAAAAGCGGCCAGCUAAACCUGUCCGGGCGAGACUUGUCUGAAGUCCCUCAGAAUGUAUAUCGGCUUAACAUUGAUGAGCCAUUGGAAGCCCAGGAGAACGUAUCGUUUGGAGGAUCAGAUCGUUGGUGGGAACAGACUGACCUCACCAAGCUCCUGCUGUCUUCCAAUAAACUAACACAGCUGUCUGAAGACAUUAAACUCUUACCUACACUGACUACACUGGAUCUCCAUGACAACCAGCUGAGCAGUUUACCCAGUGCACUUGGAGAGCUACAGGAGCUUCAGCAACUGCGACUAAGCCAUAAUAAGUUGUCAUCGCUGCCAAAAGAAGUGUGUGCUCUAAGGAACCUUCGUUCCCUAACACUGCAGCAGAAUCUUCUGGAAAAUGUGCCAGAGGAAAUAGGACAGCUGGGAACCCUGACAGAGCUGGAUUUGUCCAACAAUCUUCUGGAGCAUUUGCCCUCCAGUAUUGGAUGUCUGAAGACUCUACAGAAAGUCACCCUUUGUCACAACAAGCUUACCUGUCUGCCUGACAGCAUGGGCCAGCUAACAAAUGUAAGGCUCCUGGACUGCAGCAAUAAUCAGCUGACUGACUUUCCUGUCAGCCUGUCAGGGAUGCUUCAUCUGGAGCAGCUUUAUCUCCGACACAACAAGCUCAGCCGACUGCCCCAGCUCCCUGCACCAGCACUUAAGGAAUUGUUUGCUGGGAACAACCAGAUUGAGCUGUUGGAGAUGGAGCAGCUGGCCUCUCUGACAGCUGUAACUCUUCUAGAACUGAGAGAUAACAGGAUCAGAAACAUCCCUGAAGAGAUUACUUUGCUGCUCACUCUGACAAGGCUUGACCUCACAAAUAAUGACAUUAGCACUCUACCAGCUUCUUUGAGCCUGCUACCCAACCUGAAGGUGUUGCUGCUGGAGGGAAACCCUCUCCGUGGAAUAAAGAGAGAAAUUCUGGCUAAAGGAACCAGUGACCUUCUGAAAUAUCUAAGAAGAAGAAUUAAAGAGGAGCCUGAGAGAGCAGCUGGAAGACCAACUGCAAUGACUUUACCAUCUGAAGCUGUAGUAAAUGUACAUGACAUCAAAUCUCUUAAGACACUGGAGUACAGCAACAAGCAGGCAGAGAGCAUUCCAGAUGCGCUGUUUGACGCUGCAGCAUAUCAAGCUAUAAUCACAGUUAACUUCAGCAGGAACCAGCUGACAUCUAUACCUUUUCGACUGCUGGAGUUCCGUUCCUCACUGUCAGAUAUGAAUCUGGGUUUCAACAGACUGAGCAGAUGUUCGCCUGACAUCUGCACCUUACAACAGCUCACACACAUUGACCUCAGAAACAACCAACUGACUGAAUUGCCAUCUGAAAUGAAGAACCUAUCUAAACUACGAUCCAUUAUACUGAACUACAACAGGUUCAGCUCCUUCCCUGAAGCUCUGUAUCAUAUCCUAACUUUGGAGACAGUGAUGCUUGGGAAUAACCAGGUGUCUGGGGUAAAUCCCAGCCAUCUGAUGAAGUUGAUCAAUCUGUCCACACUGGAUCUGUCUAACAAUGACCUGCUGAACAUCCCCCCUGAACUGGGCUUGUGUACCAGCCUCAGAUGCCUGAGUCUGGAAGGGAAUCGCUUCCGCACACCCAGAGCAGCCAUUAUGGCGAAAGGAACUGAUGUGGUGUUGGAGUACCUGCGCAGCCGCAUACCUACAUGAAGAAUGGAUUAACCUGAAAGCUUAGGAUCAAAAUGGAUCUCUUUCCGAUUUGCAAUCACUUUUUUUCAUUGAUUACAUUUAAUGCUUCAGUUUGAUGCUAAAAAUCCACCGUUGUUUUUUUUUUUUUUUAGAAAUGUAAUGUCCAAUAUAUUCUAAGAAGUUAUUCAAGAACAUAAAGAAUUCCCCAUUUA